AUGCUCCCCGGCAGCCUUUGGCAUCCUCCGCCCGUGCGCGGCGGUCCCCCGUCCCCUCGGGGGGAGAAGCUGCGCUUCUGCUGCCAGAAGACCGCUCUGCUCUCUCGCCAGAGCCUCUCUGACCACGCUGUCGGCGCAGACCCACCGGCGGAGAGGACAGGUCAAAGGCAGAACAGAGGGAUGAGGACUCGCCUGGGCUGCCUGUCUCACAAAUCAGACUCAUAUAAUGAUUUCACAGCUAUUCUUCCGGACAAGCCCAACCGGGCUUUGAAAAGGCUGUCAACAGAAGAAGCAACAAGAUGGGCAGACUCUUUCGAUGUCCUUUUGUCCCAUAAAUAUGGUGUGGCCGCGUUCCGUGCUUUCCUGAAGACGGAGUUCAGCGAGGAGAACCUGGAGUUCUGGCUGGCCUGCGAGGAYUUCAAGAAGACGCGCUCGGCGGCCAAGCUGGCCUCCAAGGCCCAGCGCAUCUUCGAGGAGUUCAUCGACGUGCAGGCCCCCAGGGAGGUGAACAUAGACUUCCAGACACGGGAGCUGACAAGAAGAAACGUGCAGGAGCCCUCCCUCUCGUGCUUUGACCAAGCCCAGGGGAAGGUACACAGCCUGAUGGAGAAAGACUCGUAUCCCAGGUUCCUGAGAUCCAAAAUUUACACAGACCUGCUGUCUCAGACCCAGAGGAGGCUCAGCUAGAGCAGCCRUGGGGCCCUCACAAACCAUGUGCUUCCCACAACAGCCAAAACCCAUGUCUAAAUGUGAAACUUKCUUGGUGUUCAAAGGAGUGGGAAUGGGAAAAGAGGGAGGAGGGCCAGAGGAAGUUUCCAGAGAGUGAUCCAGGCGUGGUAUUAAGACUUUCUGUGCUUUUUUUUUUUCGGUUAGCAGUAGCACUUUGCAGUUGUUGCCUCUCUCUAGCACAUACCCACAACCCUCCCCAGUUGCGGGGUCGUCUGUUGGCGAGGCAGGUUUUCUUUAAAAUUGCUGUGUUGGUUUGUGUGUAAAUAACACCUUUCCAUCCUCCCACACAUCUCCCAUCUCUCACCUCUCCCUUGUGCUUGGAAGGGCCCCAAGAGGAGCUCUUACCUGUGUGGAGCUCAAAGCAGCGUGGUCUGGACCACGGAUCGAGGGGAGGG